UGUGCAUUUUUGGUAGCAGCCUCUUAUGUUGGAGGCUUUAUUAACUCUUCCAUCGUUACCAAAGGAACUUUUGCCUUGAACUUCUGUAGUAACAAUAUUAUUGAUGACUUUUUUUGUGAUAUCCCACCACUUGUGAAGCUGGCUUGUGGCAGGAAGGAUAGCUUCCAGGCUGUGCUGUACUUUGUCCUGGCCUCCAACGUCAUCACACCCUCUGCGCUCAUACUCACUUCCUACCUCUUCAUCAUCGCCACCAUCUUGAAGAUCCACUCCACCCAGGGUCGCUUCAAAGCCUUCUCCACCUGCUCCUCCCACCUGAUCUCUGUCACCUUGUACUAUGGCUCCAUUCUCUACAUCUAUGCUCAUCCACGAUCGAGCUAUUCUUUGGACAGGGACAAAAUAGUUUCUACAUUUUACACCAUGGUGUUUCCCAUGUUGAAUCCCAUGAUCUAUAGCCUGAGGAAUAAGGAUGUGAAAAAGGCUCUGAAUAAACUCUUCAAAUAA